GCUGCAGUAAGUGGCACACCUCAGACAGUUGAAGCAAGUGUUUGGAGCCAACACCUCGUGUCCUCUAGGGUGAAAAUGAACUGGGCUUUUCUUCAGGGCCUUGUCAGUGGCGUCAAUAAGUACUCCACUGCUUUUGGUCGAAUAUGGCUGUCUUUGGUUUUCAUCUUCCGUCUGCUAGUGCUGCUGGUGGCUGCUGAGAAGGUGUGGGGUGAUGAGCAGAGGGAGUUCGACUGCAACACCAGAGAGCCAGGCUGCCACAAUGUCUGCUAUGACCAUUUCUUUCCCAUAUCUCCCUCUCGCCUGUGGGCACUCCAGCUCAUCUUUGUCACAUGCCCUUCUCUCCUGGUGGUCCUGCAUGUGGCGUACAGGGAUGACCGUGAGCGGAAGCACGAGCUGAAGUACGGCGAAGGCUGUUCUCAUCUCUACAAAGACACCAGCAAGAAGCAAGGGGGUCUGUGGUGGACAUAUCUCUUCAGCCUUAUAGUCAAGAUGGCAGUGGAUGCCGUGUUCAUCUUUCUUGUGUUCUACAUAUAUGAGGCCACCUUCUUUCCUUUGCUGGUGAGAUGUCAAGAGGCUCCUUGCCCUCAGGUGACUGACUGCUACAUCAGCCGGUCUACAGAGAAGCGCAUAUUCACCAUCUUCCUAGUGGUGGUCAGCUUGGUCUGUAUCCUGCUGACAUUUUGCGAGAUACUGUACUUAAUUUUUAAGCGCUGCCAUGAAUGUGUCAUCUCGCAAAAGCUCAACAAACGUGAGAGACAUAAUGCAUCAUUAUUUUCUCAGGCUAGCAAACACAAUCAGGAUAACAUGACAGAGAUGGCAUUGGUCAACAAAGCUAACAGUCAUUCUUCAACUAAGAAUAUGAGUGCUCCUGCGUACAACUCAGCCAUCUCAUAAAUGACCAAUAUUACAUUUAAUCAAUGAUAUCAUAACAAUUUAUGUAAUGUCUAAUGUAUGAGACUCUACUUUUUUUUAAUUUCUUAAUCUUGCUUUCCUUUUUAAAUUCUAGUUUGUUUUAAAAAAGGAAUGAUUAAAUUAAAUAAAUGGAUGAAUUUUCCAGCUUCACACCCAGUGUUCCUGUGACACUGCCUCCAGAUCCACCUCAACCCAGACCAAGAUAAAGCAGUUGCUGAAGGUGUAUGAAAGAAUGUAAUAAAUCUAAACUACAAAUAAAAAACUAUUAAAUGCAGAUUGAUAUUUCUUGUGCUGUGUGGAAAGACCUGAGAAAAAUAAAUGUAUUAAAUAUUUUUUCUGUCAACUGUCUCUAAUAAAUACCCAAGAUCAGA